CUUAGUUUGAGCCUGAUUAGUUUUGUAGCUGUUUGGUACAAGAUGUUAGUAGAGAGUUGCACACCAGCAAAUGCAUGGACAUAGACAUUCUUCUGGGAAAUCUUCAUACUGGUACAUGCAAGGUGUAAGUGAUGGCCUCUCUGCCCUCUCCAGUCAAAACAAAAUCAGGUACCAGUUCCAGAGAAAAUGGUGGCCAUUGUGCUCACCUUGUUCACCUCAACUAAACAUGUUCAACCUGAUGAGCAACUGCUGCACCUGGGUCUCCAAAAUACAGGAGCCAAUCAGGAAAGUGACAGUCCUAAUGGUUGGUCUUGACAAAGCAGGGAAAACAUCCUCAAUCAGGGGGAUGAUGAGAGUUGCCCAUACUCUGGAAUCGGGACCGACGCACGGCUGUGUCCGCAGCGAGCUGAGGGUGGAGAACUACCUGGUCACCCUGCUGGACACCGGAGGGGCACCGGAGUGGCGGGCCACCUGGAAGGAGCACUAUGGGGAAGCGCAUGGGAUAAUUUUUGUGGUUGACGCCAGCGACAGGCAGAGGAUGAAGGAGGUCAAGGAGCUUCUGACCGACCUGCUGAAGCAAUCAAGAGUGGCAGGGAAGCCAAUACUAGUGUUGGCCAAUAAACAAGACAAAAUCAAUGCUUUGCUGGGAAGUGAGCUGAUUGAGAUUCUAUCUUUGGAGAAGCUGGUUAACCAGAGCCGCUCUCUGUGCCAUAUUGAGCCUUGCUCAGCCUUAAUGGACCUGCGACGCUGGUCAGACAGGAAGACUCUACGGGGCCUCCGCUGGUUGCUGCGUGCUGUGUGUCUGGAUUACCCUGAGCUCUGUGCCCGCGUGGCCCACGACAGCAAGACACCUCUGGCGCCAGAAGAGAGGGAAAAACCUGGGAAAACAGAGAAAGGACGCAGGAAAACCAAGGAGGAACGAUUACAUUCCAGCAAGUCCGAGCUUCGCCAGGUUCAUCGACCACAGCAGAGGGAGAAAAAGACCAAGAAUGGAGGCAAACUGCAACCCAUUCGAAACAUCUUGGACAAGGAGAACACGCUGAAAAAGAAGCUGAGAGGAAAGAAGAAGAAGCAGGUUAAGAUCAAGAAUAACGAUCAAGAAGAAGAGAAUGACCAGGAGGAGGAUGGUGAAGGGAAUGACGGCGAGCAAGAGCAGUCUGGACAGAAAGAAAAAGCCAGCAGCGCGCUGAUCACCCCGAAAAGAGGCAAACUGAAACGCAAGGCAAAGGUGAAAGAAGAGACGUUGGAUGUGCCAGAAUCACCUGAAAAUGAAGAGAAGGCAUCCAAAGCUAAAGGGGAUAAAGGCAAAAAGAAGAAAGUGGUGAAAGUUAAAAGGAAGAACAAGAUCAAUACAGAGGAGGUGCCUGCAGCUUACACCCAACCUGUUGACCUGUCUGCUACCUUUGAUCUGUAUCGAAAAGCGAUUCUGGCUCUGAAGGAACGUCAGGAGCAGGGACAGUGAGGGAUUGAAUCCUGGUUGUGUCCUUCGACGUGAAUGUGAGGAUGUGGUCGACUAGCGAGGGCCGCACAGCAGUAGUAUACGCUCACACUGCACGACUUCACACACUCACACACUCACCUCUCAGCCUGUCUUUCCUGUCACGACCCAGAACAAGGGCAAAGAGACAGUUCCUGCUACUAUGUCUUUGUAAUAUCUGACACACUAUCACCUCAAACCUGUUCCCUGAACCUCUGGAGUACCACUGGAGAUUCCUCUGUGUAGUGAAGGGUGGGUCUGAAUAUCCAGUCAUAGUAUGAUAUGAUAGUAUUCUACUAUAUUUUGUUAGAUAUAAGAAAAGAAAAGAAAAGAAAACAGACACAAAACUGAAUGGCAGUAAUUUAUGUUCUUGGCCAAACUGUUAGAGGAAUUUUUGUAUACUCAAUGUUACUUUAAUUGAAGUGUGUUGACUAUUUUUUAUAUUAUUUAUUAUUUGAAAAUGUCCGAGAUGUCCAAAAAUUCCUAGUGUGUGGACACGGGCAAUGGGGAGAGUUGUUAAAAUGAUGAGCAGAUCUAUGGAAUUGUUCAAUAAACACUCCUCUGUCACUCCUACA